GAUACCAUACAUAUGUAUAAUAUUAAGAAAAAAAGUUUGUACUAAAGUUGGUAGAGCUUAUUUUAAGGCCAACUUUUCAAAUCCAAAACUUAGUUGAGCUCUUGUGGAACCAACAAAAGGAGUGAAAAUAAGGCACUUAAGUUGCAGGAGAAAAACUCAUUGAUUUGAGAUGAUCAGAUGCUUUUGCUGUGGAAAAAGAAUGUCAUGUGAUGGUUGUGGUUCUGGAAUCGUAGACUAUAGUAGAUGAAAGAAGCAAGAUGAGACGGAGAUGAAGGAAUCCGUUUUCAUGAGGGUAUUGUUCUGCAAGAUCCGGUGUCCGUUGAUGUGCUUCUGCAAGCCCUCAGGUACUCAUGUUUAUACUUCGAAGGCGUUGAAGCUGGAAAGCGCUCCACACAUCGUUCCUCCAGCAGUAAAUGCUAAGCCAUUGGAUGAGGGUGUCAAAGAAGAAGAACGUGCUGAUGUGGAGCAUGGAGAUGGCACUGUGACGAAAAGCUGCGUGCGGAAGGUCUUUCCUCGCCCCAGCUCCACCAGAGAGAUUAGGAAGAAAAAAGUGCAGUGGAUGGACCAGUUGGGGAAGGAACUUGCUGAGAUCAGGGAAUUUGAAUCUAGUGACUCUGGAGAUACUGAUAAUGAAGAAGAAAGCAGCCGUUGUCUCUGUGUCAUUCUAUGAGACUGCUUGCUGAGAGGGUGGUUCAGAAGCAGAGGUGAUCCAGAAGAUCAUUUUGGCUACAUUUUCACCUCAGUCGUCUGCUAAUUUCUGCUUCUAAUCCAACCAAGAAUUCUACCUUUCUGCUCUCAACAUUGUGUAAGUAAUCAUCCAUCAUCAAUCCUUUGUAACAAAGAUUCAAACUCAGACCAAUUUUAUUACUUUGAUGCUUGUAUGCAAUUUGCAUCAUUGUAAGUAAGCAUCCAUCAUCAAUUCUUUUACAAAGAUGAAACAAUUCAAACUCAAACAAUUUGAUCAUUGUUACAUUCAGUUUUAA